AAUAUGUCAUGCGCGGUAGAGCUUGUGAUGGCAGUAUGGUGUGUGAAGGUUAAUGUUAGCUAAAACGUUAGUACACUUAACUAUAAUUGUAAUUUAACUAGAGUUUAGUGCGUUUUACUAGCGUUUACAGGGUGUUUCACUAAACAACGUUGUGUACUUCCGCACAGACUACAGCAGUCAUGGCUGGUCUGUCCAGCUAUGCCGUGCGCAUAGCCAGACUGAGCGCACAAAUCUUCGGGGAGGUCGUGCGACCGACAGACUCGAAAUCUAUGAGGGUGGUGCGGCUGUUCCAGGAGCCUCCCAUGGCCAAGAGGAAGGAGGUGUACGACUGGUACCCACAGCACAAGGUUUACUUUGCCAUGACGCAGAAGCUCAGGUUCAUGGGACUGUUCAGAGACGAGCAUGAAGACUUCAAGGACGACAUGCUUCGCCAGAAGAAACUGAGAGGGAAAGGGAAACCAAAGAAAGGAGAGGGGAGAAGAGCGACUCGGAAGAAAUGAGCGGCUUUUUUUCUUUGGUCUUUAUUUGGGCAGACAGCAUUGUGACUGUGUACAUUGGACUGUGUACGUGCUGUCUGUGGACAUCACUGUAGCGGGAUGGUGAACCUGAAAGAGUUCCAUUGGUUUGGUCAGAACUGUGUAGUUACUUUGUCGGUAGCUUUUCUAUGUUGGCAACACCUUCGGUCAGCAUUACAUCUGAAACAUCCUAUGUCGGUUGUAUUGACGUGAGUUCCAUGCUUUGAUUGUUGAAUGUUGUUCGAUCGCUUGAAUUUAAGAUACUAAAACAAGCUUAUAAUAGUGAGCAUAUGACCGCACAUUACGACUUUAAGAUGUUAUUGGAAAGGCUGGAAAAUGAUGUAAAGAAACAGACAUCUUUCAUAUUUUCAAAAAUAAAAUCAAUGUGAGGAAUGUGUACUGUAAAGCUCUUUCUGCCUGCUGUUCAAAACCUCCUCAUUAAUAACUUGUAUAUUUCAUAUAAUAUUACUUGUCCCAGUAAAUAUGUGGAUGUAUCUAAUGCUA